GUCUGGACGGGGAGGGGAAUCGUCUGCCUUCCGCUUCUCGGCUGGAUUGACACACAAUGAGGAGCCGAGGCAGGGUGGACGCUCCACAAACGCCGCCGUAAAUAAAUACAACAACCACUUGAGGCCGGGAGAAACAUGGAGAAUCAGUGCACAGUGCAGGUGAAGCUGGAGUUGGGCCACAGAGCUCAGCUGAGGAAGAAGGUAACAUCAGAAGGUUUCACCCAUGACUGGAUGGUUUUUGUUCGAGGGCCAGAGAAUGGCGACAUCCAGCACUUUGUAGACAAGGUUGUCUUCCGCCUGCAUGAGAGCUUCCCAAAACCUAAGAGAGUAUGCAAGGAGCCUCCGUACAAAGUGGAGGAGUCAGGCUACGCAGGUUUCCUCAUGCUUAUUGAGGUUUACUUCAAAAACAGGGAGGAGCCAAAAAAGGUGUGUUUCAACUAUGACCUAUUCCUAAAUCUGGAAGGAAACCCACCGGUCAACCACCUUCGCUGUGAGAAGCUCACCUUCAACAACCCCACCAAAGAUUUCAGGAAAAAGCUGAUCAAAGCUGGAGGGGUACUGGUGGUUCCAGAGGUGGCUGAAGCGGUGUCAAGGCCUAGUCCAGACUACCCAAUCCUGCCCACCAUCCCCCUCUCAGCAUUCUCAGAUCCCAAGAAGACCAAGUCCUCUCAUGUGUCAAAGGAACCCAGCAAAGAAGGGGGCGGCGGUAGCAGCAAAGGGGUCAAACCGCACAAAAUGACCAAGGAGCACCGUGAAAGACCCCGGAAAGACUCUGAGAGCAAAGCCACAUCAAAAGGGGAUACUGACAGAGAUGGAAGCAGCAAGAGCGUACGCGGCGAUUCCUCAUCUUCGUCUUCGAAAAAGCCAUCAGAUAUCAAAGUUAAAGACGAAGUAAAAGUCCCACCCAAGGCAGCCUUUAAGGAGCCCAAGCUCACCUUGAAGGAGUCAAAGAUGGAGGGCAUGUCUCCGAAAGGAGGCGGGGCUGGGAGUGGAGGUGGUGGUGGUGGGGGAGGAGGAGGAGGAGGAGGGGGUCCUGCAGAAUCCAAAGCCCCUGGAAAAAGACCCUCCACUGUGGAGUCUCCCAAACCUAGUGCCAAGAAGCAGAAAAAAAGCAGCUCUGAGGGGCCAAAAGGCCAAACUGGUGGUUCUUUCACUGGUUCCCCUCGUGUUUCCUCGUCGUCUACCACUAACCAGCCCUACGCGGAUAAGAAACACUCCAAGGAAAAAGGUCGCUGGGCAAAAGGCAAAAAUGACACACAGGAUUUGAAGGAGCCGAAAAAACUUCCUGAGUCUGAAGAGUCCAAUUCAGAUGAUGAAGCCUCUUCAAAUUCCGAGCAAUCAGCGCCUUCUAACCCUUCGAACUCAAGUUCCAGCUCAGACUCCAGCUCUGACUCAGACUUUGAGCCGGUACAGAAAGAAGGAAAAGGUCCCCUGCGAUCCAUGGUGGAAAAUACCGAGUUGGAAGAGUCAGACGAUGACGACAGCAGCUCGGAGGAGGAGACCCCUGUUAAGACUAACCCCCCCAACCGUGACUCUCGACUCAGCCUGAACAGCGAGAGUGACAGCAGUGACGGCUCGCACCGCCCCAGUCGAGACCCUGCGCCACCCCCACAGAAACACGGCUCCUCCAAUAACAAAGUGUCAGGCAGAAAGAGUCCAGACUCUUCUUUCCGUUCUGAUAAGGUGUUGAAGAAGGGAUACGACAAGGUAGGAAGGGCCUACACAGAAGAAUUAGUUGACCUCCAUCGCAGACUGAUGGCUUUAAGAGAACGUAACAUCCUACAGCAGAUUGUCAACCUGAUCGAGGAGACGGGCCACUUCAACGUGACCAACACCACCUUUGACUUUGACCUCUUUUCACUGGACGAGUCCACCGUCCGCAAACUACAGAGCUACCUGGAGGCGACGGCCACGUGACAGCGAGCGGCGCGGACAGCUGAGGAGGAGGUCGCGACGUCUCCCCGAGGAGACCGGAGGCCAGACUGAAUCACUGAACAACAACAACAGACACACAAACAUUGCGCAGGAACCAAGAAGCACACACACGAAGAUGCUGCACCUUCACAUGACGCCGGCAAAGGAGCAGCAGUGAAGAGGAGGAAGGCGUGAUCGAGAGAGUUGAAACCGGAAGUGUACUCCAUCUACCAGAUUUUUCUUUUGUGCAGACCUGUAGAAUGCACCCCCACUCUCUCCUCUUUGCACUCAUGCUGCUUUCCUCUAAACCACACCUCGUCCUCCUGGCCCCAAUUUACACUCCUUACUGGGCAGAUCACUCCACCCUGAGCUGGAUGUUGUCUUCAUCAUGACUGACUCGUCUUCUCGGCACAAAAAGUCAAUGCAUGGCUCCCAUUUUCACACUGAACAUGUCACACGAGUGCGUUUGGAUGACAUUUCUCUGCUGUCCCGACAUCUGAACACACGUUUUCCCCUUGCACUGAAAACUGAGUCGUGACCUCCCGCCAGCAGCCACCCUCCUCCUCGAUUAUCUCCAUCCCUCCUCUGCAGCCUCCCACGUUGGCGUGCACCAAAGGGCUCUGCCGCUGGCUGCCGCCGGCCACUCCUGAAUUGCCUUCCGGUGGCGUUCAAGGUGGGCUAGCAAACAACACAAAGUAGCCAUAUUCGUCUCCCGGGAAUCCAAAAAUAAGGAAAAGUAGGGGCCAACUUUUCCCUCUCCCCCUUUUUUUACAUUUUAUUUUUCUACAAUUGUCUUUGUUUCUACUCCCGGAUUUGCGGUAAAUGACCUGUGAGCUAUGAAUGUAUAUGGCUUUUAUUUUUCUACGCCCAGCAACAAGCCCACUCUAGUGCCUUUCUGCAGCGUGAGGUGGGUGUUCCACAACCCCCUGCUCGCCUGGGCGUGGGGCGGCAAGUGUUAAGUGGGCUGCCUGAAUAUCCAGUAUUGUCUUAAUGGCUUCCUUUCUCUUCCUCAGUGUCCUUGUAGGCUGUUGACCCCUCCACUUAGCGUCCCUUAUUAUCAUCAUUCCUGUAGGAACCGUAGAAUGUUGAACAGGUGAUCACGUUUUUGCUUUCUGCCGCUAGAUCAGUGUUUUUCUUGGCGGUAGGGGGGGUACAUUAUCUGACUUAGCUGUAGUAAUUGUUGGUUCGGGCUGCUGUGUGACGGACAUUUUAAGGCUCCGGGAUAGUAAACAGCAAUGAUCUCCUUGCUGGAGAUGUGCAGUGAGUGUGACGACUUAAAACGGUCUCGUUAAAGCCAGAGCGUGGGAGUCAUCUUCAGCACUGCUAAAAUGAUGCAUCUUAAACAGGCCAGCGAUAACGUAGCUAAAGAAGAGUUGCCCGCUAGACUUCCUCUGCUUAUACUCGGGGUCACAUACACAACAAAAUGUCUAAGUAGUCUAAUAACACACGUUGCAACUCAAUCCGUUUUUUAUUUAUGCCAACUUUUUCUCACCACGCCACCAGAAGCAUCAGACCAUAUUAUACAUGCACAUGGUGAUUUAAAGGGAACUCCCACUUUCCAAAUACAUAUUCUUUGCUUAAAAUAUAGAGGCGGCCCAAUCCGGGACCGAUAUCUGCUUCCAUGGGAAAUCUCUGAUACAAGUAGUCGAGUAACACGUUUAAUUGUGGAAGGCCGAACAGCCAGUUAACAUCUAAAUGUCCUCCAAUAAGAACACAAAGUUGAUAUUUCCUUGUAUUUUAGUCAAGUCAAUUGCAAAUGGUGAACACGGUAGGGUACUAGGAGUUAGCAGCUACACAACAGCUAAGAUAGACGUACAAAAUAAGUGUUCUUAAUUGAACAAUAUUGCGGUCUCAAUGGAAAUAAGUAUCAACUAAUCAUGGUUGCAUAUUACUUAUAAAUAACCCUAACCCAAGCAGAAGCGUAUCCAGUUACACACGUGUCUGCAACAUUCAACUUGUAUCAUUGUGACGGCCAGAUGUCACCCAAAAACAUAUUAGCACUCCACUUCAAAAGCAUAAGGUUAGUGUUUUUCAUACCUACCAUUGUUCUUUGAGUAAUUUCACUUCAUCAAACCUUUAAUAUUCCACUCUACGAAAUGUUAAUAGUAUGUACGAAUAAUUUUCGCUGAUAUAUUAGGAUAAUAUCAGUAUCUUAUCGGAAAAGGAAAAAGUUGUAUCAAAACACCCCUACUUAAAAACAGUGUUUCCCAUACAUACAUUUAUUUGUAACGGGCUACAAAUAGAUUUUGCACGAGCCUAUCCACCCUAAUAAACACUUGAUGGGGGCAGUCUGUACUCUGUAUAAUGUAUAAUUAUAAUGUGGCUCAUCCGUAUAACUUCACACAAUAAGUGGCAGUAUUCAUUUUAACUCUGCUUUUUGAUACAGAUGUAUCUCAAUAAAUCAGAUUAUAUUGUCACUACACACACAGUGAAAUAUUUCAGCAAAAAAUGUAUUCAUGAUUUAUAUGAUUAUAGCUUACAGCAGGGAUAGUUCAGCCAGCUGCUCAUUUUUGUUUUUUUGUUAGCUUCUGACUAAUUCAACAUACUGUAAUUUCCGGACCAUAGAGAGCAGCCAAACAUAAGUCACACAAACCUACUUUUUGGCCAAAUUUUGUUUUACACAUAUUUUGGCCGCACAAGUCUCAUUGAAUAACCCACAGGUAUACAUAUUGAAACAUUACAUUUUUACACAUGUGCUUAUGUUUAUUCACAUAUGUAACUAAAGACCAUGCCUGUAACAUGGCAUACUUCUCAAGCUGCGCGCUCUAGCUGAUGACUUUGUUUUCUUCGGCAUGCGCCGGUCGGGCCUUAUCUGGCCCAUAAGUAGUGGAUUUCUAUUCAGUGCAGCGGCUGUUUCCUUUUUCGAUCGCUGAGUCGAUCGUCUUUGGCGUUAGGGCUGCGUCUUGUGCAUUUCAUUGUUUCUUAUCUAUGAUGAGGGUGAGUCCAUAACGUGCUAAAUAGCUGACUGACUGACCUGUGUGAGUGUGUUUAAUUUAAUAUGAACAAUUUCAGUGGUCUGAUGGGACCAGGCUAAAUUCAUUGGCAACAUGUGAAGCUUGUGAAUAUUAAAAAAUGCAUAAAUUAGCGACAGCAUUAUAUAAAGCAUAGGGUUCAAAAUAUGGGGAAAAAGUUGCGUCUUAUUAGUACAGACAUUACUGUAAUUCAUUAAUAAUAAUCUAUAUUAGUGAAUAUUACACUAAUUUGUUUGUCUUACUCAAUAUCACACAAAUUUUCUUUGUCAAGGAUAACCCUGAGUUAAGAUGUGGAUGUUUUUAGCAUAUACUGUACUUGACCUACAGUACGUUGGUACAAAAUGUACCAAAGUGACUCCUGCAUCAAAGAUUAACAUUGUAAAAUCAGGGUUGCUCCGAUCAGGGUUUUAUGCUGCCGAUUCUGUCAUGAGUAAGAUCGGCUGAUAUCGAUCAUAUGUAAUAACUGUACAGUUUUCCAUUUAUUUAUGGCGAGUGCUAUUGACAGUUUUAACAGUCCCCUUGUGUCCAGGGAAUGAAUCCCUGAAUUUGUAAACAUUAAAAAAAAAUGACACCAAAAAAAGGGGUCUCUAAUUACUCUUGUAUCAGAUAUAUACUGAUACUACCUCUGGUAUCGAUGCCACCAAUUUAUGGGUCGAUCAGCCCUCCUCUUACGUGUCGUAUACUGACUGACAAUGCCGACACACCAACAGUUGUAAUGUUAUUGUCUUUAUAGACUGUUAUUAAUGUACCUGUUAAUAUCUGCUUACUUUCUGCUGUAACGUGGUUCCAUCUACACUUCUUAAACUUUACUAAGCACUUAUUCCUUGGUGUUGUUUACAUCUAGCUUAGCGGUUAACUUAGAUUUUAGCAUGCCUGCUCCUGGCUUGCUGUCGAUGUGUAACAUGUUUAGCCUCAUCCUCCAUAAAGAGACUUAAGAAACUAGAAAUUGCAGUUUUAUUUCCAUAAUGGAGGUGAUUAUUAUUCAUUUAGGGGAGACGCAUAAUUAAUUUGCUGCAAGCCACUUGUCAGCCCGGGGACCAAAAAUAAAUAGUUAGAUGAGAUUGGUGCUUGUGAUCGGCAUUGAAGGGAAACUGCACUUUUGGGGGGGGGGAAUUUUUCCUAUUAUUCACGAUCUUUAUGUAAGAAGAGAAUAAAUGUUUUUUUAUGUAUUCUAAGUGGUUAAUAAAUGCGUGAAAAAUUCUGCUUACAAUAGAGUCAAUUGGAGUUGCUCUAUUCCGCCUAUAAAGCGCUCCAAAAUAGUUUCAUCCUUUUAUAUACACACUAAGAAUAUAUGUAAUGUAGUAACAGGCACAUUCAUAGAAACGUAAUAUUUAUGUAUUUUGCUUAUUUUAAACAUGCGGUGGUGCAUUAAUUUCGUACACAUCACGUUUGCUUUAUCAUUCGACAACGUCGUUGAUCGCUGCUCACUGUAGACUUCAUGAGAACCAACAAACGUAAUCAAACAUGACUUACUGUACAAUGUCUGCUGUCACUGGGAUGCCAACUGUUCAAAUAUUCCUGUUUAGAUGAAGAAAUAAUCAUAGUCCUCGCAAAGUUUAAACAAAGGGGUGGGUGCAAACCAGCAUAUUUUUCGCCAUCCCUGGGUCUAAGUUGGCGGUCAGAGUUGACCAACUUCUCAGUUUAAUGUCCACAUCAUUUUAUUCUCAGGCUGAAAGGCAUGAUUUAUAAUCUGGAUUUAACUUCCAUGAGCUUUGAUGCAAGAAAGUAUGUGAGGAUGUCAAUACAGCAGCAUAAGGACGUUGCCUCUCCUUAAUCAAUCCGCCGCUAAAUGUAGGUCCUUAUCGUUAGCACUUAUAAUAACAAUAUCGCUAACACAUGGUAAAUAUUUGGGUCACAAAAUGUAUAUGGAGGAUUGUUGGUGCUUUUUGGAUGGUCAUUUAUUUGGUUUUAUGGUCUGUAUAGACACAAUGACAUCAUGGCUCUCAAUUGGAAGCGGACUUGGUAACACUUUAGUACGGGGAACAAAUCCAUCCAUCCAUUUUCUACUGCUUGUCCCUUUUUGGAGUCACGGGGUGUGCUGGAGUUUAUCUCAGCUGCAUUCGGGCGGAAGGCAGAGUACACCCUGGACAAGUCGCCCAUUCACCAUUAAUUAGUUGCUUAUUAACAUGCAAAUUAGUAACAUAUUGGCUUUUAGUCAUUAUUAAGUACUUAUUCAUGCCUUAUUCUGCAUGGCCAUAUUAUAUAACCAGUAAGCCGGUAAAUAAGAGUCUACCUUAACCUCAAAAUUAUUGCUUAUUAGUCACCCUACACUGCAAAAAGUCAGUGUUCAAAAACAAGAAAAAACAUUAAAAUGAGGGGUAUUUUACUUAAACUAAGCAAAAUUAUCUGCCAAUAGAACAAGAAAAUUUGGCUUGUCAAGACUUUGCAAAACAAGCUAAAUUAGCUAACCUCAAUGAACCCAAAAAUACCCUAAAAGAAGUAUAUUCUCCCUAAUAAGUGCACUUUUCUAGGUAGAAAAAAAGAGAGCUUUUUGCUCAAUAUGUUGAAAAAUAUUCUUAAAUGAAGUAAAUGCUAGUGCCAUUACCUUGACAUAACGAUAUGCGCUUGGCAUCACGAUUUUUUUUUUUUUAUGCUUGAAGUAAGAAAUUAUUACUUUAAAAAAGCAGUUUUAUACUUGCGAGUGUUGAUAACACAGCUUUGCAACAGCUGAUAUUCCAGUUUCAAGCAUGUUUUACUCAAUAUAGGUCAGGCCUGGGCAAUUAUUUUGACUCAGGGGCCACAUUUAGAGAAAAAAAAUAUGUGUCUGGGAGCUUGUAUAUCUAUUUUUAGGCACACUAAUACAAAACUUUGCAAUAAUGUCUGAUUGAAUGCUAAAAACGUUAUGUUGAAAAAUAUUCUUAAAUGAAGUAAAUGCUAGUCCCAUUACCUUGACAUAACGAUAUGCGCUUGGCAUCACAAUUUUUUUUUUCAUGCUUGAAGUAAGAAAUUAUUACUUUAAAAAGUGGAUUUACACUUGUGAGUGUUGAUGACACAGCUUUGCAACAGUUGAUAUUCGAGUUUCAAGCAUAUUUUACUCAAUAUAGGUCAUCAAAUCUCAGCAAAAAGCUGUAAUAUCUUACUGAGAUAAUUUAGAACCAAAACACUUAAAACACGUAAAACACUCUGACAUAAAAUCUGCUUAGUGAGAAGAAUUAUCUUAUCUGACAGAAAAUAAGCAAAUAUCACCCUUAUUUGAGAUAUUUCAUCUUACUUAGAUUUUAGUUUUUACAGUGUAACCCUUACAUGUUCCCCUAGUGUCCAAAUAACUCUAAAUUAGGUCUUUGUUACUUUAAUAAGCAAUUAAUUAAUGGUGAAUAUGUUCCCAAUACUAAAGUGUUACCGCAGACUUUUAUUUGUCUUUAUUUACGACUUAUAAUGCACUAAAAAAAGAAAAGCAUGUGUGUUCUGUCUCUCCAGGACUGUGAAUUAUAGGCAAAAUUCCCCCCAAAAAGUGCAGUUUCCUUUUUAAAACAUAAAUCGGCCAAAGCCGAUCACAUACUUUAACACAAAAAUUGGCACAACCCAAUGUGAAAUAUUAAUAUCAGCAAAUAUAGUCUUUAAUUGGCCUCCUAGAAUGAAAUGUCUUGCCAUGCACCUGUAUUUGAAGCAAAACAAUAAGUUAGCAGAACGAGAACAUUAAAUACAUCGCCGAUGUUCGCACAUACGAGUAAAAAUAUGACGCAAAUCCACCAUAUUUGAAGCUGACGAUUUACCAGACUGGUUUCUGUGCUGAGCGUAGAGAUGUGUGUACACGACUCACACAGCAGCCCGCUAAGGUACACACACACACACACACACACACACACACACACAUCCAAGGAGCCCAUCGCCGCUCUGCCUUUUGUGUAUUUAUUCUGACGUUUGUGUUAGCUUUAAUACUUGUGUGUGUGUGUGUGUGUGUGUGGGACGCUGUACAUACUCCUGUUUGUAAAACGCUGUAUGAGGAAAAGGACUGAAAACACACACCUGGAGUCUCAACCUGGACCUGCCGCCUCGGUGUGCCUCUUGUCGACGCAACCUCUCUCUCUCCCUCUUGCUUUGUGUGGUCGUCCUCGUUAAUGACCUUUGACCUUGUGACCAGCCGCUCGUUGUAGUAGGGGGGUGGAGACCCAAAAGAAGCCCACUGUCUACCCACAUGUUUUAUUUAUGGACCUCUGCACUUUUGGCUGUGACGACUUCAGUACUUAAUAGUUACCUAAACUGUAUUUUUAAGGAUUUUAUACAAUAUUUACAUGCAAUAUGAUAUUCGGUUUUUUGUUGUCUUUUUUGGUCAACUUUUAUUUAAUUGUCUUGUAUUUUGGCAUGUUUCGUCACUCAAACAAGCUAUUUUCAGGCCUAAAUUGUUCCCUGUAUUUUAUUUUAUUUUAUUUUAAACGUACGUGAUGACAGCUGAGCACCGCCAGGAAGCAGGUGCCACAGAUGUUUGCUGGAUGACCUCAACCUAAUCACACUGUCUGCCUCCAGUCGCAAUAACUGGACUAGAGCGAGGACGCCACACUUUUGUUCAGGGAUCAUAGACAUCUGUGCCCGUGCGGCCUAAAUGCUGCAGAUGCAUCAUAGGAAAGAAUGAGUUUGCAUCUUUACGAAACAAAACGUUAAGAGUCCACAUGUUGACGUGGGACGGGGGGGCAGGGUGUGUCUGUGACAAGGAGACAGGGUUGCCCGUAUUUAUGAAGGUUAUUUUGCCUUCGCUGGGGUUGCAUGGGGGGGGAAGUGGGGCUGCGAGUUAAGUGGCAUCGUCCAACCAACUACAAUCGACUCCGUUUGGUAUGUUUGCAAAAGAAGAACUCGGCAUUGGAAUGCCACCAUGUGGCCAUAGGAUGCAAGUUGUUGACAUGGAUGGAAAAAAACAUGUUAUUUUAUUGUUAUUUUUUAUUUUGGAAAGCAUAUUAUCAAUAAAGUCAUGAAGUACUGUU